CACAAUCAGUUAUUUAACGUUCAACAAGUCGAAGUUACAUUAAAAACGAAAUGGUGAAGUUAUUGGUGGUGUUUUUUGUCCUUGUGGCAAGUGUCUAUGGGAAACCCCAAGUUCCAGUCUACAGUUAUUCUUAUUCAACGGUGGUGCAACAUGGCGUACCAUACCCCUUAGCAAGUUAUAAGUUAACCACCCAACCGCAAGUAGUUGAAGUUCCCCAGCCAUCUGAGUCCCACCCACCUGUUAGUCGAGGGGCUGAAGUUCCCGUCAAGAAUGUUACCAAAGAAAUCGAACAAGAAGUUGAAGAAAAAGAAGGAACGACGACCGAAAAUCCGGAAAUCGAAACAACAACCGAACCCGAAUCGGAAGCGAUCAGAGAAGAAAAUUCACAUAAUACAAAAGAUGACAAGGAAAAAUUAUCCGAAAAUACGAAAGUGACAACCCCUGAAGGCAAAGGGGUGUAUUACAUUUACCAUCCGACUAAUGGAGUUUUGCAAAAAGUCGUGUAUUCCACCAAAAACGACGAGAAGGAAAUGGCACUUGUCGCACAGCUCAAGUACCAAAACGUCGAGCCCAUUAAGGAGCCAAUUUAUACUUAUAAUCCCGAAACAUUUGUCCUACAACCCUUAAAAUUAGCUUAGCCAUAAACAAGAAAUACGUUCGUCGCAAGUUAUGUUCCAAAUUAACCGACGAAACACAACGUUAUCUACCCGAAACUUCUCCUUUUUCUCUCAGAUAUAAAUUAUUAUAAAUCACCCUAUCUACUUCCACGAGAAUAUCGAAAGAGGUGGAAAAACUUCCCCAGACCUGAAAAAUAAAUCUUACAGCUUUCACCAUAAUGAAAACGAAAAUCUGUUGUCAGGAGCGCAAGAGAAAGCAAUAAUUUUAACCACGUCAACCGUCAAGAAGCCAUACUGAUUUUGAUUCCAAUCUCAAGCAAGAUCCAUCAUCACCUCCAAACACGAAAAGCAUUAUUUAUUUUUUAUGUAUCUCUGUCGUUUAUUUUUAAAAUAAAAUAUUUA